AUGACCACGAAGGGACGGCGUUGGGAGGGGGAUGCGAAACGCAAAUCUGAGGGGGCAGCGGCAGCUUUAGGUGUCGGAGGGCGAGUGAAACAGGAGCCUAGUCGUCUCACAUUGAUCUAUUUCCGCACGCCAGCCAGCAGGGCGGCCUGUGCAGGUAGCGCGGCCAAUUGGGGCUCCGAGGGCCCCGCUCGCGCCCUCCUUGGCGGACAGGGAUCGUGGCGACUCGUGGGCCGGGAGGCGUGUGCGCCCUGGCCUGGCCCGCCGAUGCCCUCGCAUGCCCAUGGGAGGCCGUGGCAUGCAUGCAAAGGGAAUGGCAUGGCCUCCCACGCCCGCCCAUGGUCCCCUUUGCUGCAAGCUAGUCCUCUGAUCUGCAUGUACCAAACACGCGCCCUCCCUUUCCCCAUCCUCGGCAUGUGCCAGUCUGCUUGGACCGCCCACUCCAACUGCGGACUACUGCUGCAGGUACAUCACACCUGCGCUCUUGCUCAAAUCGCCCUCGUCUGUGCGUCACAGGCAGUCGCAGUAGUACGCUACCCAGCCUCGCUGCCACUCGUCCCUCACCACUACCUCGAUCCACGGCCGCUUUUCUGUCCCUGCCAUGUCGUACCUACAUCCGCACCCACCCAACUACACUACACCACACACAGUCAGAUGCACACCAACACCACAAAUCAACCCUGCGGCCGUGGUUUGAUCUUCAUCUGA